AAGAAAACCCGGCCGAUUCUUCGUCGUGUUGACGGAUAAACAGUUAGCCAGAACGCGACGGUACCAUCGCGAGGUUCAAUGAUUCGUUGAUCGAUUGAUCGACACUCCAAGACGGAAAAUCCUCGCUUUUCCAUUAAAAAUGCGUGUUUUCAGUGCAGUUUGUGCGGCCCUUCUGGUCGCUUUGGUAGCUCCGAAUGGUUCCAUAGGCUUCGCCUCCGGAGUGGGGCCGAUAGCUAAGUGGUUCGGAAACUCGAAAAAUCAACCCCCACCCAGCCAUGACACCCCGCCCUCCUCCUGUCACUGCACUUGCGGCGAACGGAACGAAAACAGCCGAAUAGUCGGUGGAAAACCGACGCAGGAAAACGAGUUUCCUUGGAUGGCACGGUUGUCAUAUUUCAACCGGUUUUACUGCGGCGGCAUGCUGAUUAAUGAUCGCUACGUGUUGACGGCCGCCCACUGCGUCAAAGGCUUCAUGUGGUUCAUGAUUAAGGUGACGUUGGGCGAACACGACCGAUGCAACGACACGAAACGCCCCGAGUCUCGAUUCGUGCUCAGAGCUGUAGCUGGAGCGUUCAGUUUUUUGAACUUUGACAAUGACAUUGCGCUGCUGCGCCUUAACGAUCGAGUGCCCAUCACGCAGCACAUCAAACCGGUGUGCCUGCCGAAGAAAAAAGAUGAGGUCUAUGUGGGCGAAGUGGCGACAGCCGCAGGCUGGGGAACACUAAAGGAAGAUGGAAAGCCAUCGUGCGUUCUACAAGAAGUGGAUGUGCCCGUUCUGAGCAACGAAGAUUGUCGCAAGACAAACUAUUCGGCUAAGAUGAUUUCCGACAAUAUGCUGUGCGCAGGAUAUCCGAAAGUGGGACAAAAGGACUCCUGCCAGGGCGACAGUGGCGGGCCGCUGGUAGUGCAGCGCGACGACAAGCGCUACGAGCUGAUCGGAAUAGUUUCAUGGGGAAACGGCUGCGCCCGUCCUGGUUAUCCGGGGGUUUACACUAGAGUGACGCGAUAUUUGGACUGGAUUCUGGAGAACACGAAAGACGGCUGCUUCUGCCAGGACUAAGCACUUUACUUUGAUAAUAAUAAUCCUUUUUUAGUA